AUGUCCUUCAAUAACCUUGCGUUUAGCGUUUCAAAAUCAACGCCAACCACAUCUACCAGCAACACAAACACUACGUUUUCAAAGGCAACUAUAUCGUCAUCCAAGGAUAAUAAUAAUAAUAAUAACAACACUGACUCCCCGGUCUUGCAAACAUCCUCAUCUGAUGGCAACAAAACGGAACAUACAGGACUGCUAGCACCUUUGGAGGAAAAUACAAAGUUGCAAACAUCACUGUCAACCAAGCAACCCCAAAAUGAAUCUGCACUUUUCCAAAGUGAGCCGGAGGGCCACACUGUUGAUCAUUUACCAUUUAAAGCUUCACCAUCGAGCUCAAAAUUAGGCCUCAGCCCAACCCUUAUUGCACCAGCCGUUGUCACCAUUGACAAUGAAGCAAAUAAUAUACAAACUAAGGGCAAGUCAAAGACAGAUUUAAUAGGACUAUUCGAUAAAUUCGACAUCAAGGGCGACCGAGUUAACCAACUGGCUACCACUGGCAAAUCGAGAGCUCUGGAAGAUUUGAUCAGCUUGGGUACAGAAGAAGUUGCGUCAGAGAAGAAAGCAAUUGAAGACGAACAGGAUACCGAAGACAAGCUUGAGAAAAUGGAGCUGGAUGAUGGUGAUAUUAGCAAGGAGACAAUCUCUACAGCAGAAAAGGAUAAGCAAAAGCCAGUACAAACUUCUGAAAAAAUAAGUAAUACAGCACAUUUAAUGAUGACCAUACAGCCUUAUUUUCCUCCUGAAGAAUCAUCCCUGACGUCACCGUUGAAUGUUGAUGAUAGUCACAGUGAAAAGAAAGUGGACAGUAGUGGUGAACAAAAGGAUAAGAAAGAGACUACAAAAGCAACAGUUGCAACUAACGCAGACAACAGUGACACCAAAGAAGAUACAAGAGAAGCCACUGACGACGACGAGUUGGGAAUUAAUCGAAAGCAAAAUAGUCAUCAGCAAGAUAACCAGCCAUCAGAUAAAGGUAAUUCAUUAGACGAGGCUUCAACUCAAAUGCAUCAACAGAUUGAAAAGCAUCAUUCUGAUGUUGAAUCGCGUGAUAGCUUGUCAACGGGUUAUGAAGAGAGCAAAAAAUGCAACACCGAUAUAACAGCUAGUGAUACUGCUUCAUAUGCCAGCAAUGCUUCUUUAACUUCGCAAUUACCUUCAUCUACUGCUUCGCCUUCUAAAACACCCUUGGGUGAUAUUACUGGAAAUGAAACUGAAUGUAAAGGAAUCGAUGACAUAAAGAUUGACACAAAGGACCUAGGAUCUUCUCAGUCUGAGGGCCCUGUUGGAAAGUCACAUUUAAAUAUAAAGUACAAGGUAAAUCCCACUGAGCAACACCAAGAGUCUCACAAAGCAUUUGAUUUCCAAACAUUCUUGAUGCAGUUACGGAAAAAGUCAGCAGAUCCCAUUGUUCGCUAUUUAAGAUCAUUUCUUGGUUCUUAUAUAAAGCAGGUAAACACGUUUUCUGCUGAACAGAGAAUUUCGAUAAUUGACGACUUCAAAAGCUUUAUAAACGAAAAAUUCAAAAUCUACGAACCUUUUGCUUCAAUGGAUAGUAUAGAUUUGGAAAACUCGCGCGAAGGAUUGGAAAAGCUUUUAAUGAAUCGACUUUAUGAUUUAUGUUUUCCCCCAGAAGUUUUAAAGAACGCCUCACCAAUGCACAUUCCAGUACCUUAUACCGAAGAUUUAAUCCAAGACAAAAACUUUUCUACGCAAUUGGAAAAAUACAGCUGGAUAAAUGGGUUGCACUUUGAUAUUGACAUGACACACUUGAGCUCGGUAAGUUUGAAGGACGGUCAGGACUUUUUGGACUAUGCAACUACGGAGUUGAACAAGAUCAACAACUAUCGUGCCCCAAGAGAUAAAAUUAUAUGCAUUUUGAACUCUUGCAAGAUUAUCUUCAGCUACUUAAAAAUUAGUAACAAGGAGACUAAUGCAGACUCAUUCAUCCCGUUGUUAAUCUUGGUGAUCAUCAAGGCCAAAACAGAGCAUUUGAUAAGUAAUAUCCAUUAUAUUGAAAGUUUUCGAGGAAAGGAAUGGCUUUCACAUGGUGAAACAAGCUACUACCUUUCUUCGAUUCAAGGUGCGAUCACCUUUAUUCAAAAUAUGACCAAAGAUGACUUGACAAUUACCGAUGAAGAGUAUGAGGCGCAUAUGGAAGCAUGGGAAGCACAGAACAAAUUAAGAGAAAAGCAAGAGAAAGAGGAAUUGGAAAGACUUCAAAAGAUUGAAUUGAAGCGACAAGAACUCCAGCAACAGCGUGAAGAGUCAGAUCAAAAACCCCCCACCCCAAAACGCAAACUAUCGCAACCUCAACCACGUCAUAUACAUGCCGGUUCUUUUGAAAAUGAUGAAAUGUCACAAACAGGGAAUAACUUGUCUCCUUCAAACGUAUUAUUCUCGAGUGCCGAAAUGUUGACCAAGUCUAUUUCUCAAUUCUUGUCGCCACUGCCGCAAAACUCAAAUCCCCGCGAAACCAGUGCGCUGGGCAGAAGAGAUGACACUUUAUCUCCCCCACCUCCUGCCUUGCCCCCAAGAAAGCCACUGCAUUCUUUACCCCAUGCAGCUCCUAAUGCUGGCCACAGUAAUGGCCAAUACCAACCUGAGACACCCACCGAUGAAGAAAUAGACUCGGAGCAAAUGAAGGCGGCAUAUGAUAUUCUUAAAGAUGUCUUUCCUACAUUGGACACUAAUAUUUUAAAGGAUGUUAUUUUUAUAAACAAGGGUGAUGUUGAAGUGUGCAUUGAUGCAUGCUUACCUUUGGUUGAGGAUGAAUAG